UCAGCCUCAGCCUCAGCCUCAGCCUCAGCAGCAGCAGCAGCAGCAGCAGCAGCAGCAGCAGCAGCUAUUCGCGGCGAGGCCCUGCGCCCCUCGCAGCCCCUUCCCGGCGCUGUGCAUGGAGACGCCGCCCGCCGCCGGCUGCUGAGCCACCAUCCGGCCCGGGACCUGCGGGGGCUGGGGUGGCCUCGGGCUCCGACUCGGGCUUGGCCGGCCGCCCUCGUCGCCCGAGGGCUGCGCUUGGCCCGCGGGCCUCGUCGCCCGCGCGAAUCGCCGCGGCCCGGCCGUCCCGUCCCAGGAAUUAGCCGUCCUGACCGCCAUGGCUCACUCCCCGGUGCAGUCGGGCCUGCCCGGCAUGCAGAACCUAAAAGCAGAUCCAGAAGAGCUUUUUACAAAACUGGAGAAAAUUGGAAAGGGCUCUUUUGGCGAGGUGUUCAAAGGCAUUGACAAUCGGACUCAGAAAGUGGUUGCCAUAAAAAUCAUUGAUCUGGAAGAAGCUGAAGAUGAGAUAGAGGACAUUCAACAAGAAAUCACAGUGCUGAGUCAGUGUGACAGUCCAUACGUAACCAAAUACUAUGGAUCUUAUCUGAAGGAUACUAAGUUGUGGAUAAUAAUGGAAUACCUUGGUGGAGGCUCUGCGCUAGAUCUAUUAGAACCUGGCCCUUUAGAUGAAACUCAGAUUGCUACUAUAUUAAGAGAAAUACUGAAAGGACUUGAUUAUUUGCAUUCGGAGAAGAAAAUACAUAGAGAUAUUAAAGCUGCCAACGUUCUGCUCUCCGAACACGGAGAGGUGAAGCUGGCUGACUUUGGAGUGGCAGGCCAACUGACAGAUACCCAGAUAAAAAGGAAUACCUUUGUGGGCACCCCUUUCUGGAUGGCCCCUGAAGUCAUUAAACAGUCAGCCUAUGACUCAAAGGCAGACAUCUGGUCCCUGGGCAUAACAGCUAUAGAGCUUGCGAAAGGGGAGCCACCUCAUUCUGAGCUGCACCCCAUGAAAGUUUUAUUCCUCAUUCCAAAGAACAACCCCCCGACGCUGGAAGGAAACUACAGCAAACCCCUCAAGGAAUUUGUUGAGGCCUGUUUGAAUAAGGAGCCAAGCUUUAGGCCCACUGCUAAGGAGUUACUGAAGCACAAGUUUAUAAUACGCAAUGCGAAGAAAACAUCCUACUUGACCGAGCUUAUUGACAGGUACAAGAGGUGGAAGGCCGAACAGAGCCAUGAAGACUCCAGCUCUGAAGACUCUGACACGGAAACGGAUACGGACGGCCAGGCAUCUGGAGGCAGCGACUCUGGGGACUGGAUCUUCACGAUCCGAGAGAAAGAUCCAAAGAGUCUUGAGAAUGGAGCUCUUCAGCCAUCGGAUUUAGAAAGAAAUAAGAUGAAAGACAUCCCAAAGAGGCCUUUCUCUCAGUGUUUAUCGACAAUUAUUUCUCCUCUAUUUGCAGAGUUGAAGGAGAAGAGCCAGGCGUGUGGAGGUAACCUGGAGUCCAUAGAAGAACUGCGAGGCGCCAUCUACCUGGCAGAAGAGGCGUGCCCCGGGAUCUCGGACACCAUGGUGGCCCAGCUCGUACAGCGGCUGCAGAGAUAUUCUCUAAGUGGUGGAGGAACUUCAUCCCACUGAAAUUCCUUUGGCAUUUGUGGUUUUGUUUUUCCUUUUUUCUUCUUCAUCCUCCUCCAUUAAAAAAGUCAACGAGAGCCUUUGCUGACUCUGCUGAAGAGAUGCGCCAUCGGGGAUUCGUCCCCCCGCCGAGGCUGCCUGUCUCGGGUCACACGGCCCUUUCUCGCUGGCCUUGGCCAGAGAAGUCUCUAGAUGGGGUGGGGAGGGUCAGCUCCUUUAAGCGAUCAUUUUAUUAUUCUUGUUUUUAAUUUUAACCAUAGUGCACAUAUCAAGGAAAGUGUCUUUAAAAACAAACCCUGAAAUGUAUAUUUAGGAUUAUGAUAAGGCAACUGAAGAAAUGAAACCUCAGGUAUCCUGCUUUAAGUUGUAACUCCCCUCCCCGGGAGAUGGAGAUUGCUCUGGUGGAUCAGUGUACAGAUUUGUAUAUAGUGUCAUUUUUACGGAAACCCUUUUGGCGUGCAUAAAGAAUCACUGUGUACAAACUGGCCAAGUGCUUCUGUAGAUAAUGUCAGUGGAGUAAAUAUUUGACAGGCCAUAACUUGAGUCUAUUGCCUUGCCUUUAUUACAUGUAAAUUUUGAACUAUGUGACCAGUGAUUUGGGUUUUAUUUUGUAUUUGCAGGGUUUGCCAUUAAUAAUAAUUAAUGCCCCUCUUAUGGAACACUCCUACUUGUACCUCAACAAAUGCAAAUUUUCCUCUUGUUUGCCCUACAACCCUUUUGGUACACUUAGAAGUUGAGUUCCUUUUUCAUUGAUGGUACUAUUUCUUAGUGUUUUAAAUUGGAACAUAUCUUGCCUCAUGAAGCUUUAAAUUAUUAUUUUAAGUUUCUCCCCGAUGAAGUGCUCUCGUCUAACAUUCGUUUGGAACCGUGCCACUGCCAAUCCCGCUCCAGCUGUACCGUUCUUUGCAGUAUGAUUUUCUGUUGCACCUUGUAGUGAAAUCUGCGUAUCAUCUUCCCCACCUAAAAAUGUCUGAAUGCUUACACAAAUAAAUUUUAUAACAC